GAUGAAUUCUCCUGGGGACCAUCUCACCCCUGCUUCCCACACCUCAACCCUCACGUCCCGAUUUCCUCCCCUCUCUACCAAACAACACGCAUCAUCCGGAUCAAGCGCGAUUGGAUGAUCGUUGGGGACCUCGCGCCCACGUUUGCGAACCUGUAUCCGGAAGUGCUGGAUCCGAUGAUCCCGGAAGACGAGUUCCGCGCCAUCGUGAAGAAGAUCAAUGGCGUGUUGAUUGAGGAGUUCAGUCCCUGGAGUACGCGGGCGUGGGUCGAUGCCUUCAUGGGCGUCGCGACGGGGUGGCUGUGGGAGGACUUCGGACUGAGCCAGGUGAAGUUGCGGUUGCGGGAGUUGGAGAAUUGGAUUGAGGACUGGAAUGAGAGGGUGGGGGCGAGGGAAGGAGUGAGGAUUAUUCCGUUAAGGAGAUCAGCAUAUAUGACGAUUGAUAUUCAAAUCCCCGAUCCACAUAUCGGC